AUGACAAGAGGAUUCCAAGCAGGAGGAACACCUAAUCCUUUAUUGGUUCGAAAGGAAGUCAAACAUGAUGGACCAAGUAUCAGAGAUUAUAUGGCAAGACCGAGAUUAACAUUGGAGGAAUUCAAGAAAACUGUUGCCGGUGAUGACAAGAAGAUCUCUUUUGAUAAAUGGGAAGAGUUAUCAUCAAAAGAAUAUAGAGAUGAAUUAGAAAGAAAUAGAGAGAAAAUAAAAAGAAAAAAAGAUAAAGAAAAAAAAAGAAAAGAGAAAAAGAAUAAGAAAAAAUAUGAGAGUAGUAGUGAUAGUAGUAGUGACGAUGAUAGCAGUAGCAGUAGUAGUGAUGACUAUGAAAGAAGAAGAAAAAGAAAGAAGAGAAAAUCAAAGAAAUCUAAAUCGAAAUCUGGUGGUUCUGGUGGAACUUCAACUGGAGGUCCUGUAAGACUAUCAGAGUUUAUGAAGGAUACAUCCGAUGAAGAUAGUCAGACUGAUUCAAGUAGUGACAGUAGUAGCGAUGAUGAUGAUGAAAGAUCACAUAAAAGACAAAGAAGUAGUCGUUCAAGAUCGUCUAGAGACACCGAUAGACGAAGAAGUAGAAGUAGAAGCAGGGAUAGAGAUAGGGAUAGUAGAAAGAAAAAUUAUAAAAGUAGAAGUAGAAGUAGGAGUAGAAGCAGAAGCAGAAGCAGAAGCAGAGAUAGAGAUAGAAGUAAAGAUAGAAGUAGUAGGGACAGAUACAGAGAUAGGGAUAGAAAGAAAGAUGGUAAAAGAAGUAGUAGUAGAAGUAGAAGUAGAAGUAGAAGCAGAGACGGUAGCAAAAAUAGAAACAUAAAUAUGGAAAAAGACAAAAAAACAAGUAGAAGUAGAAGUAGAAGUCGUUAA